AUGCAGCCUGAGAACUUCGUAAGGGAGGACGACGUGAAUGGGAAGAAAGACAUUGCCGUCCAGUGUAAAACGUCCGCGGUGAAGUGA